GUGGUUUAGCGGCUAUGGUGUUGCGCUGCUAAGCACGAGGUCGUAGCGGGAUUUAAUCCUGGCCGCGGCGGUCGCAUUUCGGUGGGGGCGAAAUGCAAGAAUGCCCAUCUACCAUGCAGUGGGAUACGUUAAAGAACCCCAGGGGGUCAAGAUUAAUCUGGAGUCCCCUGCUACGGCGUGCCUCAGACCGUGGUUUUGGCACGUAAAACCCCAUAAAUUAAUUAAAAAUUUUUAAGGCUUCGAAACCAGCCGUCGGACAAACUUGGGUCACUGGUUAUAGGGCACUGAGUAUUUGCCACUGGCUGUGUGUGACUGUAUGUAUGUGCCGCAAUUCAAUGAACCUCUCUGAAGCCAACUUUGAGCACUGGGUACCAAACUUCCUGCCGCACUUUCUAGUCAACCACGAUUUCAGACUCUCUAUCAGUGUUUUUUUUUUUUAAUGUUAAGACGCCAAUCUAGGCCAGGGUCGUAAAUGACUCCAAAGUACGUUAAAUGUCUGUCUGUGGAAUAAGUUUAUUCUGACUCACAAGUGAUAAGGAAACCGAUUCAUGCGAAAAGGAUACAAGACGGGCACUUUCGUUAAUGUUAGGGGCCAAACGCAAAUUCUCGAGCCAGAAAACAAGCAUAUUUAAGUACUGUAAAACUUCUUGGGAGAGUUGGUUGAUACGUAUCGAAGGCAUUGUAGCGAAAGAAAACACGGACAGCACUCGUGGUGUCCAGUCCUCUUCUUUGUCCGCGUUUCACAGCGUUACAAUGGCUUCAAUAUGUUUAAAUAGACUGCAACUGGAGGCUCAAAGCAAGCAAGCGCCACGUGGCAAGACGAAGAAGAAGACGCCACCGUGGCUGGACGGCCACGCCGGAUCGAGCACUCCAGACGGCCCAAGUCCCUGCUGACAAAACGAGCCGUAUAGGAUAGUCAAUGGCCGUGGGCCCCGAGGACGACGACCCCUACGUCACACGAGCACGUCACAAGCCCUGCGCGCGCGAGCAGGCGCCGCUUUGCGGGUGGUCGUGGCCAUUUCCAGCGACCGGUAUCCGAUACGGCGCUGGUGCUCGCUGCCGCCCUCUUCCUGGCAGCCGUGGUGUGGCUGCUGGUGCGCACGUAUACCACGACGAGCAGUCGCAGAGCGUGGACUGCACGCUGACCGAGGUGGUCAGCGCGAAGUGGACGCCCAUGCUUGACACCUCACCGAUGAUGGAGUAUGACCAGCAGCCGCUGCCGGUGACGGCCGCUGUCAAAAAGCGGAAGGUCAGUGCGCUCUGGGCGCUCUUGACUGCCCCAACCGUCGAUACCAGCCACGUGCUCGCAAAGGAGUCCCCAGCGGCGGGUACAUCGUCAGACGGGUAUGCCGGAACCACUUCGAAGUUGGGGACCGCUACGAAGUCGGUCGUCCUUCCGAAGUCGGACGCCGGAGACAGAAACCAGCCACAAGACAAGCCGGGGGAGUAUUUUCCGGAGCAACUAGAGGAGCAAGUACUGCAAUGUGGAGCACCGUGUGCAGGGGAACAGGCCAAGUCACCCGCAGCGCCAAUAAUGAGUCGACAGAAACGGGAACGCCGUCUGUCGUGCAAAGACGUUCAGGAAAUCGAGCUGGCCCAAGACGAGGUCAAGAUGGAGCUUGGCUCGUCCAGGGGUCUCCUGGUUAGCGGAAAUCAAACGAGGCCGACAGCUGAACCGACAGACCAGGUCAAGGAACAACACGUGUCCAAGGGGGCGCAAAUAAGAAGGGCAAGGAGAGCGUCUGGUGCUUCCAGCGAGAAAUCAACUUUCGCCUCAACGAGACACAAGCAGAAGCGCCAUCGCCAAGAGGAUUCUCUGGAGGAUUUGGCUAAGCCUUCAACCACCAGAAAGCCGGAAGUGACGCCAUCCUGCCCUCCUUUCCUGGAGGCGGCAGGUGUGGCUGCAGUAAAGCGCCUGUCAGUGCCGCAACUAUAUAUACGGUUGUCACUCCGGCUCCGACCGACUUGACUACUGCAAAGAACGAUGCCUCAAACUGGACGGAACCAUUAUCCUGCCUAGUGAAGCACAGUGAACAAGAUGAAAAAAGGUUUGGUAAUAUGUUCAGGCAAAUGCGUGCAAAAUAUUUCAUGCUCUAUCCUGCGUAUAAAGA